AUGCGUUGCUCUCCCAACAAAAAUCACGUCGUGGGUCAAGGUCGACUCAAAUCCCAGGACUUAACGCUUGGCAUCGCGCCAAGGAUUGCUCAAUUGGUCCUAAGCACUCUUUUUGGUAUCCUUUUCCAACUUCAACUAACUAUCUUCCCCGGAGGAAAAAUCUGGCCUAGACGUGAACAUGAGGUUGGUAUUGAUAUUGCGCUCCACUAA